UCUUGUGUUUUGUAUGCUGGUUGCCUAAACAUUAUAUUCCAGUUUCGUAAGCAUAUAAAACCACGAGGUAUAUUAAUAUUCCACUUCCAGGCGCAUCCUCGCUUUUGAUGUGGUCGAUAUGAUGGAGCUGUGAUCUCUUUGCAUGACGAUCGAUGGCAAUGGCCGAAAGGGCACACUACAGCACAAAGCACUACUAGCAUGUCGUUGUGUUCGACACCUUGCUGCACAAACUCUGUCGAGAGGUCUCUCUGUCCAACCAGAGUCGGAGUCAGUCUCAGACCCGUGAGACUGACUCGUCGAAUGCCUUGUGUGGUUCGUGGUGGGCUCACCCGACGACCUUGCAGCUGUGGUACCUUGCACUACCACGUUGUACAUUGGAUUGUCCACGACAACUCGGCCUGUCACGCCAUGAAGCAGCUCGAGAUGCUGCAUCUUCCAUGUCUAUGUCCAUAUUUUGCGCUUGUCUUUGCGGCGAUGUGAGACAGAAAGUCGCCUUUUCUGGUACACUCCGGAGUAGAUAUUUCGUUGGGUGUUUGGUGAAAUCUUCGUUGCGAUGUCACUUCAGAAAACACUGCCAACAACCACGAAUGGGGCUCAGCAAACGAGCGAUCAAGCGCGCGGUGCUGCGGGCGCAGACUGUGGAGCAAGAGAUUAAAAAGCACAACGAACGAAUCGCGGCAGAGGAAGCGCAUAUGUCCAGCAGCGGCAGCAGUGGCUACGACGACGAUGUGGUUCCCGAAGUGGUCGUGGAAGAGAGGCUGCAUCACAUCAAGGAGGUGCUGGUUGAGCAUGCAGCCCACGACCCCCAUAAACUGCGGCACAAGAUCGCCGAGGUCCUCCAUCCCCAUGUUGUCCGUCCCCCUGUGGAUAUCCCAGAGUUCUUUCAAGGCAAGAACGCAUGCGUUGCCCUCGUCGCGGGCAAGUCAAUUCCUGUCACGCACAACAUGGUCACGAACCUCCGAAGGCGGAGGAGCCUACGGAAGCGGGACUUACCCAAGAUUGGCGAAGACAAGGAAUGCAUCGUGCCUCAGCAGUCCGCCGCACCAACCAGCAUCAACAACCAAACGCAAAUAUACCUCAGCACUGUCCAAUAACAUCAUACGAGGUGAUAAACUCAUUGUGCAUGCGUGCGAGGUGUCGUUGGUGUCGUAACACGCAGGUGUUGAUGCACUUGUCGUCGCGGACACUCCCCACAUUGGGCAUCCCCUUCAACCUGGUCCAAUGAAGAGUCUUCCUCGAGCCAUUGCCAUACUAGUACGUACCACCCCAGAAAAAUGUUGUGGACGUCCUGUGCCAGCAAAGCAACCCAAGAAUAAUAUUAUUAUCAAGGUCAACAUUAUCCGGAAGUUAUUUUAUUUUGGAAGUUCAAUACAAAAACUACGCUAUUAAUAAAAUGAGAAGUGGAUUUCUAUCCGGAAACCACCACCCUGGCAAAAAAACGA